UAAUAUAUUUGAACAAGACGGAACAACAAUGGCAGCAACAGAGCUAAAUCCUUGACUCUUGAGAGAUAACUGUGAAGAGAAAUGGCAACAUUGACAUGCUAUUGCUCAUCUUCUUCGCUGCCAAUACCAAAACCCACCUUAAAAUCUUCACUUUCCUUGCUCCAUAAAACCCCAAAUCCACAUUUUUUUGCUAAAUUUACUUCUUUCCUAUCAAUUUCCUCAAAGUACCAAAAGUGGACACACAAAGUCCUUCAAUGCUCUAACUUCAAUGCAGCCUCCUCAUUUACACUUUCAGAAUCAGACUUAGAAACCGAACCCGAACCCGAAACUGAAACUGAAACUGAAGAAGAAGAUGAAGACGAAGAGGAAGAAGAAGAAGAAGAAGAAGAAGAAGAAGAAGAAGAAGGAGGAGGAGGAGGAGAUGGGGUGAUGUCAAUUGAAAAGCCUCCAGUGAAGAGGAAGAGGAAGAGAAGGAGGUAUAGAAAGCAAUACCCAGGUGAGAAAAAGGGUAUUACUGAAGAAAUGAGGUUUGUUGCUAUGAAAUUUCGUAACUCCAAAGGCAAAAAGAAGUCGGAGAGUGAUGAUGAAAUGAAAGAUGAUGGGUAUGAGUCGGUUUCGUCGGACGAGGAUGAUGUAGGUGGCGGUGGUAGGGGUGGUGGUGAGGCGACUUGGCAGCCAAGUAUAGAAGGAUUUCUCAAGUAUCUUGUUGAUAGUAAGCUUGUUUUUAGUACAAUUGAACGCAUUGUUGAUGAGUCCAGUGAUGUUUCUUAUGCCUACUUCAGAAGGACUGGAUUGGAGCGAACAGAAUGUAUAUUGAAAGACCUAGAAUGGUUUGGCCAACAGGGUCAUGAAAUUCCUGAACCGAGCAUUCCUGGAGUCACUUACGCCAAUUAUCUGGAGGAACUGGCAGAAAAGACUCCUCGUUUAUUUCUCAGUCACUUCUACAACAUAUAUUUCUCACACAUAGCAGGAGGUCAAGUCAUAGCCAAAAAGGCCUUUGAGAGACUCUUAGAGGAAAAAGAGUUGGAAUUCUACAAGUGGGAGGGGGAUGAAGAAAAGUUGUUGCGGGAUGUGCGUGAUAGUUUUAACAUGCUGGCAAAGCAUUGGUCUAGAGAUGACAAGAAUAAGUCUCUGAGAGAAGUAACCAAGGCAUUCCGGUUUAUGGGUCAGAUUGUUCGGCUAAUCAUCCUGUAAAAGCCAUUCCAAUCCAAAGGCCAAACUUGGUUUCUCAAUGGCAGCUGACUCACCAGUGUCGUGGUCGCGAACAACUUGUGCAUAUUUUGCACUAAACAGGAUACGUCAACAACUAAGAGGAUUGUCAUCAGUCACAUUUAUCAAUCUGCAGAUGAGUGAGUAUGGCUGCAUCUAGAGGCAUGUGGCUUUACUCUUUCCUUUCCCUUGUCUUCUGGUUUUAACUUGCAGAGGCCUCGGGAACAUUCUAAACUUAAAGGAGAGAUGUACUUCACUAGAAUCUCUUUAUUUUCCUUUAGAAGAGGUCCCUAUAGGAGUUCAGUGGAAUGAAUUUAUGGUAUAUGUAUUAUUGAAAAAGCUGUGCAGAAUCCAGCCAUGGAAACAUUUCACUGCAUAAACAGAAGAGCAGCAAGAGUUGAUGCAUGUGUUUGAAGAAGGUGGAAAUCAAGUUCCAAGACAUAAGCAUGUUAGAGCCAUUUAUUUGACAACUGCAAUCUUUUUGGUAUUUGAUAUGGAGGAAGAGUAAUGAUAAUUGUGUUUU